AUGGAAUCUUCUUUUACACGCCACGCAGACGGGAUCCUUUCCCGAGAAUUUGGAUUUGGCCCGCAGCGGGCAAUUCCAUAUCCCACCGCUCAUCAUGCUUUCCUUCAUCAUGCUCUCGAAGACCCGGGUUUGCUUGCGUUGCACGACCUUUCCGAGGGAGCCCCCCGGGAAGUCAGCUACGGUAAGCUGCUUCAGUAUGCCCAGUUCGUUACGCUGCAGCUGCAGAAGCAAGGGGUCACUGCUGGUAGCAGGGUUGUUCUCGUAACGAAGCGCGGGCUCGACAUGGUAGCAGGUAUUCUCGGUAUUCUCAUGUGCGGUGCGCAGUAUAUUCCCUUAGACGGCGCUGUUGUCCCCGAUCAGACACUUGAACAUGCCCUCGCGCAAUCCGAGAGCAGAGUUGUUCUAUGUUCUCGUUCCUUUCAACACCGAAUCUCCUCGAAUGGCCAGGUAUCUUCUAUCCUUCUGCUAGAGGAUCUAGUUCAGGAGGCGGACCGUACUGGCCAUUCUGUGGAAGCUGGCCAGGUCAUCUGUCAGGGGGAUGAAAACUCCGGUUGUUAUGUGAUCUUCACCUCUGGCACCACUGGCACCCCGAAAGGUGUUGAUGUGACUCACAAGAAUGUCACCAACGUUGUUUGCCAGAGCCCUGGGAAUCUGGGCAUAUCGCGUGGUUCGAAGGUAGGACAGGUACUGUCCAUCAGCUUUGACAUGGGUGCUUGGGAGAUUUUAGGCAGUCUUUCUAACGGAGCCACGCUGGUGUUGCGUGGAUCAGAUUGGCACGCCGCUUUGCGACAGAUUGACACUUUGAUCUGUACACCAAGCAUUCUGAAUCGGUAUCGCCCUGAGGACUAUCCCAACAUUCGAUGCAUUGCCACAGCAGGCGAGCCCUGUCCCCAGAGUCUAGCGGACAAGUGGGCAGCAAAUGGAGUUGAUUUCUACAACUGCUGCGGUCCAACGGAGGUGACUAUCAUUAACACGAUGCACAGGCAUCACCAUGGCCAACCUUUAACAAUUGGUCAACCGCUCCCGAACAAUAACGUAUAUAUCUUGGAUGACGAGAAAAAUCCCGUGAAAUUUGGAGAAAUUGGCACAGUAUGGGCCGGAGGCAUGGCCGUUACCCGGGGAUAUUUGGGGCUAUAUGAGAAGACUGUCGAACGUUAUCACUACGAUCCCUUCGUUAACGACAGUCACUCACAGAUGUUCAACACUGGUGACUUGGCGAGGUGGUUACCGGACGGUAACCUCGAGAUGCUGGGAAGAAAGGAUGACCAGGUGAAGAUCAAGGGAUUCCGAGUCGAAUUAGACGGCGUGAGUGCAUCAUUAGCUGCGUGUCCGGGGGUUAAGAGAGCUGCCGCACUCCUGGUUGAAGGGCAGUUGAUCGGCUUCUUAACUCCCAAAUCGUGCAAUGUUGAAUCCAUCCGGACUCAUCUGAGUAAAUUAUUGCCCUACUAUGCCACCCCUUCCGAAUGGCAUGCUGUCGAAGCAUUUCCUUUGACCCCGAACGGAAAGAUUGAUAAAUAUGCCCUCACACAGCAGUUUCAUGUCGUGUCAGAAACUUCAUCCGUCAGUACUUCUGGUGCGCUCGGAGAGAAGAAGGCCGUCACUCAAAGCUCUACCGAUCCAAGUACAUCUGUCAAUUUAGGAUCAUGCGAAUCGCUUCAGAAGCCGGUGCCGUUGCCCGUUAAAAAAGAUGGCAAGCUCCUCCGCGGACUUCGUUACCGGAUUUUCAUCGUGUACCGAAGGUUGUUCACCCUCGUUUGGCUGGCAAAUAUUGCUGCGCUCCUGUGCAUCGUGCUCAUCCCAGCAAUUGAUCGUCAGUGGAUCUCAAUACUCGCCUACAUCAACCUCACCAUCGCUGUUCUGGUCCGUCAAGAUGCCGUUAUCAAUAUUCUCUACACAGCAUGCUGCUCCGUACCCAAAUCUUGGCCACUGGCAAUCCGAAAGCGAUGCGCAAAGAUCUAUCAUCUUGGAGGCGUGCACUCUGGCGCUGCUAUAGCUGCUACCUGUUGGUUUGCGGGCUCGAUUGGAUACAACAUCAGUCGCCUUGUGCGGGAGGGUCGUCUCAUUGCACAAGUUUCACCUGCAACCCUCACGCUCUCCGUGAUUGUGCUUUCCCUCUUAUUUGGCAUGAUUGCAUCUGCCUAUCCAGCCCUCCGAAAAGCGCGACACAAUACGUUUGAGAGCAUACAUCGCUUCGUCGGUUGGACCGUUCUCACUAUCAUAUGGGUCCAAACAAUGUUGUCUAUCCGGGACCAAACAUCUGUGCACCAGUCCCUUGGCAGACAGGUUCUCAUUUCGCCCAAGUUUUGGAUGCUGGUUGUUAUCACUUUGAGCAUCGCAAGCUCUUGGGCUUUUCUCAAAAGGGUCCCUGUCGAUGCCGAAGUCCUCUCGAACCAUGCGGUUCGUCUCCAUUUUGACUACACAAUGCCAGUCAAUGGAACAUUCACACGCCUUUCGCAACGGCCAUUGCUGGAGUGGCAUUCCUUCGCCACUGUUCCAGCCCCAGUAGCCGCAAAUGGCAGACCUAAAGGUUAUUCACUUGUUGUCUCUCGCGCGGGGGACUGGACAGGACGACAGAUUAGCAACCCCCCAACCCAUUUCUGGACUCGAGGUAUCCCCACUUGUGGCGUCAUGCGCAUCGCUACGCUAUUCAACAAAGUUGUUCUCGUGGGAACAGGUUCCGGGAUCGGACCACUGCUGGGCCAUAUUCAGGUCCCAACCUGUCCCUUCCGCUUGGUAUGGUCCACGUCCAACCCCGAAGUUACAUUCGGAAAGGAUAUGAUGGCUGCUGUCUACGGCGCGGAUCCCCAUGCAGUAGUGCACGAUACCAAAAAGCAGGGUCGGCCUGACCUGGUGCAGCUGACGUGGGAUGCGGUGCAGAGCUUCGGGGCCGAGGCUGUGAUUGUCAUUUCGAACGAGAAAUUGACUAAGAAGGUGGUUUACGGGAUGGAAACAAGGGGAGUGCCGGCGUAUGGGGCUAUUUGGGAUAGUUAA